UCCCACUCGUGUCCCAGCGACCUCCACAGGUUCGCACAGAUAUAAGGUCCAAUGGGACCGCCAUCUUUAUCGCGCAGCUAGCUGCAAUCUUUUGAAGUUAUUCGUUGCCCAAGCUCUUGAAUCUCUUCAAGCCUCCCAAAAUGCCUACAUUCUCCAUCUCCAGGUUCCUACCGAAUGCUCUUCGGUCCGUCCAGAGCACAUCACCAGAUCCAGCCAGUGAUGUGGCAAAUGAAAAUGUCGCCGACAGUAAACCCAGCCCUGAUGCAGAUGUCGCUGCAGAUGAGAAGGCCCAACAGGCCCUUGAGUUACCGGACGAAGAUGCGCAACGAGGUGUUAGAAUGGUGGAGGCCGUAACCCUGACAUGGACCAAAACGUCUUUGAUCUGGGUCUUUGUGAAGUACAUAGCCUCCAACCUCCUACUCACCAUUGCUGAUCCUUGCUUAGCAUGUGGCUACUGUACUUUGUCAAUGCCUUUCAGUCAUCGAUUCUCAGUAACUUGACCCCAUACGUGACGAGCAAUUUCGAAGAACAUUCCCUCCUCACUGUCAUCUACAUUGUGUCAAAUUGUAUGGCAGCCGCUACCUACAUUCCCGUCGCCAAAAUACUCGAUCUCUGGGGACGAGCAGAAGGUUUCUUGAUUAUGGUCGCCUUUGCAACGCUAGGCUUGAUCCUCAUGGCAUCUUGCAACAGCCUUUACACCUUUUGUGCGGCACAGGUCUUCUAUACAAUCGGUUUUGGAGGCAUGACCUACUCCGUUGAUGUCAUCACUUCCGACGCUUCAAAGCUAAAGAAUCGAGGGCUGGCAUUUGCUUUCACCUCUUCCCCAUAUAUCAUUACGGCAUUUGCUGGUCCAAAAGCUUCAGAAGGUUUUUACGACAACAUCAGCUGGCGCUGGGGAUUCGGUGCUUUCUCAAUCAUAUUGCCAUUCGUUGCAGCUCCCUUGUUCAUCGUCCUCAAGUUGAAUCUGCGGAAAGCAGAAAAGCAAGGGGUUUUGCUCAGGCGCAAGACUGAUCGAACCAUCGUACAGAGUAUUUGGCACUACACGAAAGAAUUCGAUGCUCCUGGUGUUUUCUUGUUCGCAAGUGGCUUGGUUGUAUUCCUGCUUCCAUUUUCCCUAGCUGACGCGGCACCCAAUGGAUGGGCAACCGGAUACAUCAUUGCCAUGAUUGUUGUCGGCUUUGUUGUGCUCGUGCUUUUUGGACUGUACGAAGCAUACCUUGCCCCACAGCCAUUCCUCACAGCCAGCCUACUCGCAAACCGGACCAUCAUUGGUGGCUGUCUCUUGUGUGGAACCUACCAGAUCGGUUAUUACUGUUGGGCCAGCUACUUUACCUCAUUUCUUCAAGUGGUCAACGACCUGUCGAUCUCUGAAGCUGGCUACGUGAGCAGCACAUUUGAUGUGGUUUCUGGGGUUCUUCUACUCGGUGUUGGCUUUGUCAUCCGCAAAGUCGGUUACUUCCGAUGGCUUUUGUUCAUUGCCGUGCCACUAUACAUCUUUGGACAGGGGUUGAUGAUCUAUUUCCGCCGUCCACACCAAAACAUCGGCUUCCUUGUCAUGUGUCAGAUCUUCAUCUCCAUCGGUGGUAGUGUGAUCAUCAUUUGCGAGCAGUUGGCAGUCCUGGCGGCGGCCGAUCAUCAACACGUUGCUGCAGUUCUUGCCUUGCUCUACGUCGUUGGUAACAUUGGCGGGGCCAUUGGCAAUACAAUUUCAGGCGCGAUCUGGACAAAUACCUUUGGCCAGGCACUGGCGAGAUUUCUUCCCGAGGAGGAGCAAGCCAAUCUGGAGGAUAUCUACAACAGUCUGGACGUCCAAUUGAGCUAUGAGUGGGGUUCUGCUGCAAGACUCGGCAUUCAGGAAGCAUACGCCUAUGCACAACAGCGAAUGUUGAUCGCGGGCACCUGCAUUAUGGGUCUUGCCCUGGUCUGGGUGCUUCUGAUCAAGAACAUCAAUCUCGCCAAGAUUGAUCAAGUCAAGGGCAUGGUGUUCUAGAGAGAUGUAGAGGGGACGAUGGUCUGGAUCAGUAUUGAAGCAAGCCUUACCCGAAUUUCACUCGAAAUGUCAGUAUAAUAAGAAACAGCUUUUCAGAUCAUGAAUACAAGCUCCAAGUUGAGCAGUCAUGACAGGAGGCAUGAAUACCACGGAAGCUAUAAGAGUAAGACAACUACUUCGCAUCUCAGAUGCUGUAGUGACGUGUAGGGCUUCUAAAGCGUGCAGUAAUCCUCUCUGAGCUUAGAGAGUGUAUCUGUAAUCUGGGUGAAAGUCUCCAAGAUCCUCAAAGGUCUUGCUUGACAACGGGUUGAUCUCUCCGCGAGCCGCCCACUCCUGCCUAGUCUGCUCCCUCUUCCUAUUCUCCCGGAUGACGUGUCGGUAUAGCCAAUAUGCUGUGCACAUUGAAACUAGGUAGACCCCCAGGCUGAAGCCGUGUCCCAGAAAGAACCUUGGGGGGUGUCUGUAGACUUGAGAAGAAACCAUACUGAGGCCUUGAAUAACGAUGCUCGACGCAGUGGUUGCGGUGGCCCGUUUCGUAUAACCCCCGUGCAAUGUGAUGGUCCAAGCGACAGAUAUCACAAGACACGGGUAAGCACCGCCCGCAACAAAGCAGGAGCCAGCAACCAAUGCGAUCGUGUUCGUCGUAGAGAGAAGGAUGAUGAAGCCGGUAGCGGUGGUUCCGAGUAGCGCGAUCACCAUUGGUGCUCUUCGAGGCACCUUGUCAGAAAGGUAAGACAGACCGAAGAGACCAACAAUGGCGAACGAGUAGGGGAUAAUAGUGAUGAGUUGGGUCUGGAGACGACCGAAGCCAAAUUCUCGAACAAAGGUAGGGAGGAAGACAGAAAAGGACCCGAUCCCAACACCCUGAGCCCCUAAAAUCAUGGAGCCUGCGUAGAUCUUCGGGUCUUUGAGAGCGAGAACAAACAGAUGCCAGCGAGCCUUAGCGCCUUCGAUGUUUUGUGCUAGCAGAAGACAUGUCAGUACAAUUCUGUCGUGUAAAAUCAGGCAGGCCCGUUGCCUUCAAGCGGGGCCCCACGAUGUAUUGGUGCUCACACCCCUGCAACAAAGCCACAAACCGACCAAAAUACUCGACACGGGGAGGCAUAACUUACACAACUUGAACCUUGCCCGUAUGAUGUUACGUUCCCUUUGAGAUCUGAACAGCCAGCUUCCUUCUCUAGCAACAUCCUCGGGAAAGCCUUGGAAUACCACCCAAACGACGAUUCCGAAGCCGACUGUCAUACAGCCUUCAACGAUGAAAAGCCAUUCCCAGGCGUUGAGUCCGUU